UGUUAUGCUUAAGAUAUUAAUCAAUUCAUUUAGAGAUUAUUAGUAAGAGAUAUAACACAAAUACAACAUAGUUUGUGCUUUGAGGCUGUUCUUAGUUUUGGAAACCAUUCAAAAAUGAUUCCGGCAGCCUGAGAUUGACUCAAACAACAGAAAACAAUUACACUAUUGGUUUGAACUUCCCCAUAUGCCACAAGCUGCCUCUCCUGGAUCAAUAGCCACCAGCAAUCACCCCUACCCACUCCACUUCUUAUGUUUAUAUAUAAUGUGUCAGCUACCCAUGCUUCUCCGAACUCUUGUUUAGUCUGCCACGUGGAAAGUUGGUUCUGCAUCCCAUGGCUUGCCAACAGCCUUCCAUUCAACAGAUUGCUGUUUCAGCUGUGCUGCUUCUGUCACUGGGCUAUGUUGUGCUGGUGGAUGCAAAGGAUGAGUGUCAGGUGACACCAGUCAUACAUGUGUUGCAGUACCCAGGUUGUGUGCCCAAACCUAUCCCAUCAUUUGCCUGCACUGGUCGUUGCAGCAGUUAUCUCCAGGUAUCAGGGUCCAAGAUCUGGCAGAUGGAACGCUCAUGCAUGUGUUGUCAGGAAAGUGGUGAACGUGAAGCAAAUGUCUCUCUGUUCUGCCCAAAAGCUAAAGCAGGAGAACGAAAAUUCAGGAAGGUGAGCACAAAAGCACCACUGGAAUGCAUGUGUCGGCCCUGCUCAACAGUGGAAGAGAGCGCGGUCAUCCCACAGGAAAUUGCAGGCUAUGCAGAUGAAGGUCCACUCAGCAAUCAUUUCAGGAAGUCUCUAUAGGGUUGACAUAACUUUCAAUAAACUUGUUUAAAAUCUGUUUAUUUCUGAAGACUGCGUUACUGUAAUAAACUUGUAUCACUUUUAUUCCCUCAUGCCUCAACACUUGGUAAUAUGGGGCCAUUGUACACUAUACAGUUGAAUGACACUAUGUGAAUCUAUAAGAAAAAGUUAAAAUUUAUUCCAGUGUUUCCAUUUCCUUAUCAGUUACUAAUGAUGUUAUGAGCUAUAAAACAAAUAGCAAUGUACUGGCUUGGAGAAUACAUUAUUAUUUAUGUCAAAUAUUGAAUAUGCAUGGAAUUUGCAAUAUACAAAGUUGAUAUUGGUGCUACGAGUAAGGAGCUAAAAUAUUUCUGAGGCUGAAAUUGCUACUUGAAAGUAGAACAUAUAUAAAUUGUGAGGUAUUUUUCAAACUCUGGAAGAAGUACUAUAGCAAGGAAGUAAAGAUUACAGUCUAAGAUCCAUAAACUUAUUAAUGUUUGGAUGACGGAACAAUUGCAGCAGCAAUAGAGAGAAUCUACUGCUGUACCUAUUUUAGAAAAAAGAGUGAUAAAAUUCGCUCUGAGAUGUGCAGAAUAUCAUGCGCAAUGACGCCAUCA